AUGUAUGCUUCCUCCGUCUCCCACCCAUCCCACCACCCUUCGUCGUUCCCGGCCCGACUUCCGAGCCGGCAGGCCGGACCGGGGGUUCCAAACUGGCCGAGUUCGAUCCGAUCCGCCGCAUCGAGGAGACGCGCCUGCUGUUGGCAGUACAGCGGCGGCGGGCUGGUGGACCGGAGCAUGAUCGUGCUGAGGAAGAGGAUCCACGAGAUGAAGAUGGCGGAGAGCAAUUACGAGGCGCCGUCGGGAUGGAUGGACUGGGAGAAGAGGUACUACACCAGCUACCACGCCGACGUGUGCGAGAUCCUGUGCUUGUUGCAGACGCUGCUGAUGGGCACACGGCCGGGCGUGGCCAUCGGGAUGAUGGCCGUCCUCGUGUUGAGCGUGCCCACCUCUGCCAUGUUUAUAUCCUUCCAUCUGAUCGCGGCCGCGAACUCGAUCCUCGCCGGAACGCACCUCGGUUGA